AUGGUUCCAUUUGUUGCUGUUACUGAAACUCGUAUCUUCUACAAGGCGUUUCAUAAACAAACGUGGCUUCCUCUACUAAACCUUCCGGUUAUUUUAGGAGCAACGGCAGUGAAUUACAAUGUGUGGAUUAUUAUAGUAGGGAUAAUAUUCAACGUUUUUGCUUCCAGGUACCGAAACCAGUGGUGGCAGAGGUAUUAUUACAUACUUUCUGCUGCAUUGGAUGCUGGUUUGGCCUUCAUGGCGGUUUUGCUCUAUUUCUGCGUUGAAGAUACAGGUGUGACUUGGUGGGGUACCGACGGGGAACAUUCUCAAUUGGCGACUUGCCCAACAGCUCAAGGCAUCAAUGUAGAUGCUUUUUUGAUACUUCCUUCUGAAGCAAAAAUAGCCUUUAAUUUCACUAGUUUCAACCCAAAUAUUCAUGAGUUGAAGUAUUUUGGAGAUGCUGGGGCUUCUAGUCCGUCGAUUCAGCUAACCCGAAAUCAGCAGGACAGGUUUCUUCACUGGAGUAACGGUAGAGUCACAUAUGAAAAACUGUUUCGUCUUUGGGACAAGAAAUCAGGGGAGCUAGCUGACUUCACAACCAAGUUUACCUUCACUAUAAAUUCGGGGAAUCUGCCUGUGUAUGGUGAUGGAAUAGCAUUCUUUCUUGCACCGGAAGGGCUUGAACUUCCAUCUAAGAAAGAAGGUGGCGGUAUUGGUCUUGUAGGAAGUAGUCAGAUGCUCAACUCAACUUUGAACCCGUUUGUAGCAGUAGAGUUCGAUACAUUUAAGGAUGAUUGGGACCCAGUUGGAGAUCAUGUAGGCAUCAACAUCAAUUCCAUGGUAUCCGUAAAAAACUUGACAUGGUCAAGUCGUACUUCUUUUGGGGAAAAAAACAUAGCAAGGGUAAGUUACAACUCUAGUGCACAAAAGCUAAGUGUUUCCUUUACUGGUUUUAAUGAUGAAGGGAAGUGGUUUACACAAAAACUUAACACACAAGUUGACCUAAGAAGGUAUUUGCCAGAAAAUGUUAGCAUAGGAUUUUCAGCCUCAACUGGUGAGUAUUUUGAGAUUCAUACUCUUCAUUCUUGGGAGUUUAGUUCAGUUUUACCAAUUGAUGAAAAGAUCACCGGCCCAAUUGGUUUAGAGAUUGGUACAAAUGCUUCAGCACCCACGCCAUCAGAGGCUGAGAUGGUUUCAGCUCCUGAACAUGGACGAAGACUGAAGGUAGUAUUGGGUGUUGGUCUUGGUUUAGGUCUCUCGGCAUGUGUGUUUAUCAGUGGGUUUUUCAUGUUCGGUUUUUUGAAGAAGAGAAGGAUUGUAAACCGAAAUAAAAAUGAUGAGAACCCUCCUAGUGGUACAGAAGAAUUUGAGAUUGGGACGGGGCCAAAAAAGUUCUCAUACAAGGCACUAGCCCUUGCAACAAAGAACUUUUCGGAAGGAGAGAAGAUAGGACAGGGAGGGUUUGGCGGUGUUUAUAAAGGCUUCUUAAAAGAAAUUAAUUCCUAUGUGGCUGUCAAAAAGGUCUCCAGUGGAUCCAAACAGGGAAUAAAGGAGUAUGCAGCUGAAGUGAAGACCAUCAGCCGACUAAGACACAGGAACUUGGUGCAGCUCAUUGGUUGGUGCCAUGAAGGUAAAGAACUCCUACUUGUUUACGAGUUCAUGUCUAAUGGAAGCUUGGAUUUCCACCUCUUUAAAGGAGGUUCCUUGUUGAUUUGGCCCGUGAGGUAUAAUAUUGCUCGAGGAUUGGCCUCAGCAUUGCUUUAUCUCCAAGAAGAAUGGGAACAAUGCGUUUUGCAUCGAGACAUCAAAUCGAGCAACAUUAUGCUUGACACCGGUUUUAACGCCAAGCUUGGGGAUUUUGGUUUAGCAAGGCUUGUUGACCAUGAAAAAGGGUCCCAAACGACGAUAUUGGCAGGCACAAUGGGUUAUAUGGCUCCUGAAUGUAUCCUGACUGGCAAGGUUGGAAAAGUAUCAGAUGUCUAUAGUUUCGGGGUUGUAGCUUUAGAAAUAGCAAGUGGUAAGAAACCACUUGACCCCAUGGCUACAGAUGGUCAUAUCAGAUUGGUUGACCUCGUUUGGGACCUCUACGGAAAAGGAACGCUUAUUCAAGCAGCCGAUUCAAAACUUGAUGCCGAUUUUGAUGUGGCAGAGAUGGAACGCUUGAUCAUUGUGGGACUUUGGUGUGCCCAUCCAGAUCCCAACCUUCGUCCUACUAUAAAGCAAGCAAUCCAAGUUCUUAACUUUGAAGCACCACUCCCCAACCUUCCAAAAACAACGCCAACUGCAGUUUUUGCAGCCAACCCCAUUAUAAUGUGGUCGUCGCCAUCCAUUGACCUAACAGGUUUUAGGAAAGACUAUUCCAUGUUUUCAAAUUCGAGUGAUGAAGCCAACUCUUCCAGGCUCACCAGUUCAUCUUCAGCAUCCUCAUCAACUUCCUUCAUCUGA